UGAACGCAUAAAAUCCCCACAUGUGCUCUAUUUAUACAGAUGGAUCCUCCCAUAUUUAUUAAGAUCCGUUCUUCCCCUCCAUAAAUCAUAAAACUUAUUAGGUCAAACCAAUCCGGCGCCGCCAUGUCCACAGGCAGGAAAAGGUACACGCUGAGGUCGAUCCGCGUGAGCCUCGGGUGCAGCAGCAGCUGCCGCCGCGCCAAGGUGUUGCAGCCGAAGCCGCGGCGCUACUCUUGGCGGGACAACCACUCCCACACGACUAACACUACAUUUUCGUCCUCAGAGACAAAGAGGCUGGGAGCGGUGCAGGGGUUCGGGGGGACGAGCGUGGCCGUGGAGAAGGAGUCGGACGAUCCGUAUCUGGAUUUCCGGCAGUCGAUGCUGCAGAUGAUUCUGGAGAAGGAGAUUUACUCAAAAGAUGAGCUCAAGCAUCUCCUCAACUGCUUCCUGCAGCUCAAUUCUCCUUACUAUCACCGGAUUAUAGUCUGCGCCUUCACCGACAUCUGGAACGGCCUCUAUUCCCUCUCCGCCUCGCCCUGCCCUCACCAUUAGCCUAGCCUAGUCUUCCUUUUGCAUAAACACUUUCGGUUUUCACAGCCUUUUUGACAUCACUUGUAAAUUGUUGCUGCCUUGUCAAAAUUUCUGUGAAAAUUGCUUAAUGUAAUUUCACUCUGUAACCGACUUUGCUUCUCUUCUUUCUUUAAUUCUACUAGUAUUUCUCUUC